GUUUAACCUGCUAGUGGUUGGGGUUGUGGUGGUGGUUACCACCAUGGUGGGUACGUGCAGCGCUAACUUCUACGACGAUUUUGAUCUAACAUGGGGAGAAAACCGUGCAAAAAUAUUCAAUGGAGGGCAGCUUCUGUCUCUUUCGCUGGAUAAAGUGUCUGGCUCUGGCUUCCGAUCCAAGAAAGAGUACAUGUUUGGCAGAAUUGACAUGCAACUCAAACUUGUUUCUGGCAAUUCCGCUGGCACUGUUACUGCUUAUUAUUUGUCGUCAGAAGGAGCAACACAUGAUGAAAUAGAUUUUGAGUUUCUAGGGAACGUGAGUGGUGAGCCAUACAUUCUCCAUACGAAUGUGUUCAGUCAAGGUAAGGGCAACAGAGAGCAACAGUUCUAUCUUUGGUUUGAUCCCACAACAAAUUUCCACACUUAUUCUAUCAUUUGGAAGCCCCACCACAUCACAUUCUUGGUUGAUAACAUCCCAAUAAGAGUAUUCAAGAAUGCUGAAUCAGUUGGUGUUCCAUUCCCAAAGAACCAGCCAAUGAGAAUUUAUUCGAGUCUGUGGAACGCAGAUGAUUGGGCCACAAGAGGAGGUUUGGUGAAAACCGAUUGGUCCAAGGCACCCUUUACGGCCUAUUACCGCAACUUCAAGGCCACCGCCUUCUCCGCUACUUCUGCCUUCUCCAAUGUUGUAACAUCAGAGAUACAGGGUAGCGGAGAAGACAGCGUGCUCGAUGCCUAUGGCAGAAGAAGACUCAGAUGGGUUCAGAAGUACUUCAUGGUCUAUAAUUACUGCAACGAUCCCAAACGCUUC